GUGUCAAAUUAACUAAAUGUCAAUAGUGUCAAUAUCAAUAAACAAAAUGGAAGUGUAAUAAGUGUUGGGCAAUCUUUUGGAAUUUAUUUGUUUAAUUUUGUUAGUAUGUUAAUAUAAAUAAAACAGUUACAAUGGAUAUACUCCCAGGUAUUCUUUAGUUUAUCAGUGAAGAAGUGCACGUUUUGAUGUUUUUAGACUCCCCUACCUUAACUGUUGAAUGUACUUACUUGUAGAAUAGGAAAUGGAAGGGGUCCAUGCCUCAUUUAAGAAAGGCCCAGGCCUUUACGAAUUUCUCAUAGAAGCUGAACUUCAGCAAUAUUUUAACAGUUUCAAAAACACCUUAAAGAUUACCCAUCCUUCACAAUUAAAAUUUACAACGGAAGGAGAUCUGAUAGAAAUAGGUAUGUCCAAACCGGAGAUGCGCAGACUUAGAAAAUAUUAUGAAAAGCACUUUCCUCAUAACUAUCUUUCAAAAUUUAAGAAAUUGUUAACCCAUAGGAAACAAGAAAAUGCCGUUAAUGACGCUUCUCUCUUGGGUAGUACUGAUUCUUUAACUCUUUCUAAAGCACCUAGGGUUUCUAGCAAACAUAUUAUACCUUCUUCAAGUAUCACAAUUAAUAAGGAACUGGGGAUGGGAGAAUUCGGAGUUGUUCAACAGGGAGUUUGGUGCAAUGAAGGUGAACGAAUACAGGUUGCAAUAAAAUGUUUAUCAAGGGACCGAAUGCAAAGCAAUAUGGUGGAAUUUUUAAAAGAAGCUUCGAUUAUGCACAACAUAGAUCAUCCGAAUAUUGUUCGAUUCUUUGGAGUAGUUUUACCUAAUAUAGACGGUAGCCUAAUGUUAGUAACUGAAUUAGCUCCACUUCGAUCCUUAUUGGAGUGUCUUAAAGAGCCUUCAUUAAGAUCCAGCUUUCCAGUUCUCACUCUCUGUGAUUUCGCUUAUCAGAUCUGCGAUGGAAUGCAGUACCUGGAAGCAAAUAGACUGAUACAUAGGGAUUUAGCAGCUCGCAACAUCCUAGUAUUUUCUAAGAACAAAGUUAAGAUAUCCGAUUUCGGCCUAAGUCGAGCUCUUGGGCAAGGCAAGGACUACUAUCAAACCAAUUUUAAUGUAAAUUUAAAAUUACCCAUAGCGUGGUGUGCGCCGGAAUGCAUCAGUUAUUUACGUUUUACUACCGCUAGCGAUGUUUGGGCAUUUGGAGUAACACUUUGGGAGAUGUUUUCGUAUGGAUUCCAACCAUGGGCUGCACUUACAGGACAACAAAUUUUGGAAGCAAUCGACGAACCGAAUUUUCAAAGAUUAGAACAACCAGAUUGUUGUCCACUUGACCACUACAAUCUCAUGUUAGACUGUUGGAGGCAUGAAGCUGCAAGCAGACCCCGAUUUGCAGAUAUUGGGCCUAUAUUAGCGGAUUCAAGACCUGAACAAGUACAGGCUAAGAUUUCUUCCAAUGAAGGACCUCAUAUGUUAAGUUACAGGGUAGGAGAUGUGAUAACCGUACUAGAUAAGAAAACUCAUCAACCUCUUUGGAAAGGGGCAACAGCAAGCGGUAAAACUGGACUUUUCGAUCCAAUCAACGUUGUUGCUUAUCUAGGUAGCGACCUCCCAAGUUCCUCAUUUUUACGUUCGGACAGCACAAGAUCUUCAGCUCGUAGAAAACUACGUAGUGAAAUGAUUAGUGCUCCUCAGGGUGAUUUUAAACAUACAGGCCACGUCGGUUUAGACGGAGCGUAUUUCGGUGAUCUCAGUUGGAUGGAUGGCUCCAAAGGAAAUUAUGGAACAGUGCCAACACAAGUUGUGGCUCCUUACCGACCUCACAAAGACUUAGAAGCUGCUCCUUUGCUUGAAGGUGAUCUAGUAUCGGCUCCAGUUCCUCUGCAAGACCAUGAAUAUCACGAAAUCAGCGAUGAAGAAAAUACUAAUAGUCCUAGUUUAGACUUGGGUCCAUCCUUAAUGGCUGAAAUGGAGAUGAUGUUCAGUUCCUUAGGUACUCAAAACCAUUCGUUGGAUCAUGAAGGAUCGAAUAGGAGUAAUGAAUUGCGUGAAAAAUUAAAUAGUAAACCUAGGAAACAAGCUACGGUGAAACCAAUUUCAGCACAUGAUCAAAAAACUUUAGAUACCGCUAUUGCAAUAGCAAAUGAAAUAACAUCUCGAUCAAUGUCAGCUCCUGUUCCUACUACACCAGCUUCACCAACUAAAAAGAAGUUUAGUUUUAAAUUUCCAUCAGUUCAUGAUCACGAUAAGCACAAUGAAAGGAGGAACUUUUCAGAAGAAGCUCUUUCGACUUCUGAUCUACAAUUAAUGGUAACAAAUCCAUUGAGGAUUUUAAGGUCAGGACAACCAAUAAUAAACACUAGGACAAGAUCUAGUAGUCUGGCAAGCACUCUUCCUCCGAAAAUAAGUGGUAGUGCAAGAAAUUCUGUCCCCGAUCAUCUUAAUGGUCGACAAGAAUUUUCUCAUGCCACCCUACCUCGACAAUCUCCGUUACAUUCAACCAUUGCAUUAACUAAAUCAAUUCAUAAAGAUGAAAACCCCAUCCCGUUACCUCCCAGAGACAAGAACAAAGCGCUUUUGGCAGCCAAACCACGACAUACAAGAAAACAUCCACUAAUAAUACCUCCUACCAGUCUUCAAAGGACCCUCGACAAAGUCAACACAGUAUCUCCACCCCCUGCGGUGAAUAUUAAUCCAUUUCAUAAUGAACCAGUGUACACUAACAACGGUAUACUUCAUGGAAAAAAUCCCGAAUCUCAGCACUUUGAAGAACAAAUUGAAUCCAAUUUAAAUGCUUUAGAUGAGAUACCUGUUGAGCUUGACGUUGUAGAUGGUGAUGAAAGUUUUGGUGGUUUAAAGGGAGAAGAAGAAAAAAUGCAUAGUCACCACGUUAGUUGUGAAGAUUUACUAAAGUUUGCUAAUUCUAAGCCACCUUCGAGAACGAGAGGAAACGAUUCAGAUGAAGUUAGAAUUAUGUCCAAAGUAUUAGGAAAAGAGGUAACAACCGAAAAAUGUCUACAAGCUCUAGACCAAUCAGAUUGGGAUGUUAUGAAAGCGAUUAAAAUACUAAAAUUGCAAAAUGUUGUCAGUGCCGAUCUACCCAUAUGUUUCAACGGUUUGGAACACACCUCGUGGGAUGUUACCAAAGCUGCUCAAUGGAUUUUACAACAAGACGAUGAAGUAACUCAAGUUGCUCAAGAACGUAUUGAGGAAUUAGGUCAAAGUGUUGGGUAUCAAAUAAGACUUGAAAAGAAGUUACCAAGAGAUACCGCCUCAAUAUGUUUCUGUACAACUGGUGUAGUAUUAAAAAAAAUGGAAGAUGAUCCUUCUUUAUCUAGAGUUUCACAUCUUAUUAUCGAUGAAAUUCACGAACGUGCAAUCCCAUCUGAUUUUUUAAUUACACUCUUGAAAGAAGUACUAAAGAAGCGGACUAAUUUAAAAGUGAUUCUUAUGAGCGCCACUUUAAAUGCUGAAGAGUUUUCCAAGUAUUUUGACAAUUGUCCCCAUAUAUGUAUUCCCGGUUUUACUUUUCCAGUCGAGCAAUACUUCUUAGAAGAUGUACUACAAGUAACUAAAUUCAAAUUUUUUUCAGACAGGUCAAAAAAAUAUUUCAAAUAUGUAAGACAACAGAGUGAAGAAGAACUUGAAUUUGAUAAGUAUAUUUUGCCUCAAAUAAAAAUGAAGGCUUUCGAAAAACAAUAUGAUAAAGAAGUGUAUGAACAAUUAUGUAACUCUGAAAGCGAAAAGUUAAAUUUGAAUCUUGUAUUAGCGUUACUUGUCAAAAUUUGUCAAAAAGAUGGAAUGGCAAUUUUAAUAUUCGUACCAGGCCUGACAGAUAUUUCUGACCUUAACAAGUCUAUUAAAAACUCAAACCUUUUUGACCCAAAUAAAUAUCUGAUAAUUCCUUUACAUUCGAAGAUGCCGACAGUAGAUCAGAAACAAAUUUUUAAUCCUGCACCACACGGAAAAAGAAAGAUUAUUAUUUCUACCAACAUUGCAGAAACUUCAAUUACAAUAGAUGAUGUUACACAUGUUAUAGAUUGUGGCAAAAUUAAAAUGUCUGAUUUUGAUGUAACCACUAAUACGGAAACACUCAAAACAAGAUGGGUAAGUGUAGCAAAUGCAGAUCAAAGAAAGGGUCGUGCCGGUAGAGUACAAGCAGGUAUAUGCUAUCAUCUUUUUAGUACAUAUAGGAAAAAGCGUUUGGAUUUAUACCAGAAACCUGAAAUUCUUCGUACAAGAUUAGACGGUACUAUUUUACAAGCAAAAAUAUUACAACUUGGUAAAGUUAAUCAAUUCUUUCCUAAAUUAAUGAAUCCUCCAAGUGCUGAAUCCUUAUCGUUAGCAUUGGAUCUACUUAAAAGAUUAAAUGCUUUAGACGAAAGUGAAAAUUUAACGCCGCUGGGUUACCAUCUAGCAAAAUUACCCAUGUCUCCGCAGAUAGGAAAAAUGGUAUUAUUUGGAGCUAUAUUUAGCUGUUUAGAUCCAAUUCUGUCAAUUGCUACUUCUUUGGAUUUUAAAGACGCUUUUCAGAUUCCAUUAGGAAAGGAAAAACAAGCAGAUGCUAAAAAAAGAGAACUGGGAAAAGGAUUUAUGAGUGAUCACAUCGUUUUGCACAUAGUAAUGGAAAAAUAUGAAAAAAUGAAUAAUCCAUCUUUUUGUUACGAUUAUUUCUUAAGUUCCUAUACCUUAAAGCUAUUAAAGAAACUGAAAGAACAAUUUAUGGGCUAUCUUCUUGAAUUAAAAUUUGUAUCAGAUUUGAAUCCAAAAAAUAUAAUCAAUAAUGUAAAUUCGGGAAAUAUCAGUUUAGUAAAAGCUGUGGUUUGUGCUGGUUUAUUUCCAAAUGUUGCUAUCGCCAAACAUGAUAGGAGAGGAAUAGUUAGGCAUCUACAUUCUCCAGACAGACAAACAAGAUACGAAUUUCAUUUGAAAUCAAUAUUAACUGUAAAUCAACCUUUCCCGUCACCUUUAGUAGUAUAUUAUACAAAAGUAAAAACUAGCAAAGAGUAUAUUCAUGACGCAACAAUGAUAUAUCCUUUACCCCUUAUUUUCUUUGGAGAUCAGUAUAAAGCAAUAAGGGAAUCUGAUAAUUUUUUCAUAACAGUUUCCAAUUAUUUAAGAUUUUCUAGCAACUUUUUCACAUAUCAGCUGAUAACAGAGCUAAGAAAUAGAAUGAAUUGGUUCUUAGAGUAUAAAAUUACUUCUCCGGGUGUUGUAGAUUGGACUAAUCCUAGCGACAAUCUUAAUAUUUUACAAGCUGUUGUCGAACUUAUAACUGCUGAAGAUAUAGGAGAAAUUGAUUCAUUUGAUGAUGAAGACACAUAUGAUCUAAUUUAGAACAAUACCCCGCAUAUUAUUACAAUUGGUGAGUUCUGUUGUAAAUUAUUAAUUACUUAUUAAAAACAUUGUUUUUUAU